AUGUUAGCUAGCUUGGUUAGCGAUACUGUUUGGGAGCCUUACAGAGACAUCCUUCAGUUCAUCAAACUGGAGUUCAGUUUCACCUGGUUGUCGGCUCAGGUGCACAGCAACAUGGUGAUGCAUUUCUCGGGGCGCAUCGCCGACAGCUUUGACCGAGAGUUUCGCUGUUUGUACGCCGACUCUCAGAUCAUCGACUGUUUCUACAACCCGGAGGAGGACGGGAUGCCGUACUACCCACCGUACCCUCCCAUGAUUGCCCCCGGCCUGGCUCUGGGGCUCAGCUCAGGCCACGGGCUGGAUCUACUGUCUGAAAGGCAGCGGGACAGGGUGUGCUCCGAGAACUCUAGCAGCCAAUCGAGUAACAGCAUCUCCAGUGUGAAGGCUGCACCUGGAAUGUCCUCAAACACGGUCUACAAGGUCACGCAAAGUCAUGAUAAGGAGGCUGCAGCUGGCUCCCACCUGAGCCCUGAAAGAAGAGGACUGAGCGACCGAUCGGGAGGACAGACCCCUACACCAGGAGGGCGGAGCUCUGCUAACGGGGGAAUCAAUUUCGCCCCAAUUCCCGAUCGCCCGCCACCGGCCUACGGUCAAGCGAUGGGUAUUGAGUGGAACAAACCCAACGCAGCAGAUGUCUUACGGGCAAAUAUCGGUGGAACCUCUACCAAGUUUCAGGGUUUGGGGCUGUACGAUCACAAACCAGAUCUCUUCCCCUCCUCGAUACCCUCCCCAGUCAAUGACACCAAACCGCCGCCUAAGCAAAGGCUCCCCAGCGGGAUGUUCACCAAACUUUCAGAUUACCUCCUGUCAUCCAACUCUAAAGACAGGGACGCCUACAACUUCCGGAGGACUCCGUCUCCUCACGGCUCACCCUGGGGAGGACCGGACCUUUCUCCAACUGAGCCGGAGAGUCAGCAGAGUCCACCGCCGCCGCUGUCUCCGGUCGGUAUAAUAAGCCGGAAGGACCAGAAACGAAUGACGCUGGGCCACAGCAAGCUGGACCUGGUGAACCAAUACAACAAGAUGAAGCCCAAGCAAGUGUACAGCCGCUUUGAGCUCAAGGGCACGAAUUAGACUGGAAGGCCAACCAUCAGAGAGGUUGUGACUCCGGAACAUUCCUCUGGUAUCUUAUAUUAUAAAGAAAAGACUCUGAGAUCUUGGAAAUUGCUCAAGUUUGGUCUUCAGACUUCAGCCCUACAGGAAACUAAGACUGUUGAGGAGCCAUUUUGGCUCCGCGUGGUUUCCCGUUUAUCAAACGAGAGGUUUUUGGCUUUUUUUGAGGUCAUAGUUUACCAAACAAAUCACACUUUUACUAAAUCUGCACAUCAUGAUUCAACUACAGUCACUACCUGAGUAAAUAUGAUCUCAUAGGUGAAAUAAGUUUCAAAGAUAAGCCACUGAUUGUUUGCUGACACGUGAAAACCAUCGAAAUGUGAAUUUUUCAGCACUCCAGAGGCUUUCAUGUGGGCAUUUCUUUACAUUUUUAUACUCUGCGACAUUCCUGAGCAACAGUUUGAAUUUUUCCUUUGGGUAAACGUAGGAUUCUGCAGUUAUUGUGCUUUUUUUAAAGAAUAUAAUAAUAUUUGUAAUAACAGGGCUGGAGAAUUGUUUCCUCCACAGAGAUUUUUCUCGCAUUUAGUGAACGUUUAUGCUACAUUCAGAUGGAAACUAACGUUUUUCUGACUGGAUCCCAGCCUGGGGUCCAGUAGUAGCUCUCAAUAUGGUGACGGUUUAAAAAAAGAUCACUGCUGAAAUUCUGCAGAUUAAUACGAUCACGUUGUUGGGGUUCACGUUGUGAACUUCCACAGUUCUUAUUGGAGAAGUUUGAAUCUGAGGUUAUUUUUUGUUUCUGUAAACGAGUCAUGCCAUAUACUACCACGAAGUAAAAAAAUAUUAAAUUAGAUAGAACAUAAGAUUUUUUAUUAUGGGAAAAAGUUAAGAUGUAAAAAUUAAAAUCUCUCAAAUAUUCGGUUUGCACUGUUAAAGCGAUGACAAUGAGAAUCUUUAAGAAGAUUAAAGAUAACAUAUCAUUAGGGAUGCAACGAUACUAAUUUUUUCAAACCGAUACGAUACCGAUACUUGGAUCUGAGUACUUGCCGAUACAGAGUA